CUCAGGACCAGACGCGCCGACGCGGAUUCCAGCCCGUUGGGCCGGGCGGACGCACACCACACACACGCCGCACACAAAACACACACAACACACACACUCCACUCCAACGAUCGGUCAAACGACUGACAGUUGAGGGAGAAAGCGGUACUUCCGGCCGGUCGCCCGGGUAACGGACGAAGACCUCCGUCCUGCGAGUGUGCGGCCGUGGGGGGGGGGACACCAGUGGGUGACCUUCCCCCCCCCCCCCGCCCCAAUCGCAGAGAUGCCCUCGUCGCCCCCCAAGAUGCCCCCGAAGGCGACGCAGCACAGACUGAGUUUUUCCACAGGACCGGGCAAGAGCUCCCGCAAAAGGGAUGACGAUGUCGGGACGGAAGUAGGCGAAGGAACAGAGGAGUGGACUCAGUCCAGAACGCUGCUAAAACCCCUAGACCAACUGGAGCUGACCGAAGCUGAAUUAAAAGAGGAAUUCACCCGAAUCUUGACAGCAAAUAACCCACAUGCCCCUCAGAACAUCGUGAGGUACAACUUCAAAGAACGGACUUAUAAACCUAUAAGCAGUGUGGACCACAUGGCAAUCCACUUCAUGCUGGAUGGCAACAUGGUCCUCAGAGACUCGGAUGAAGGCAGGAGGCAGAGUGCCAGAGUGGACUUGCUAGAAGGCGCAUCCCGCGAGUCGGUGGUGGUGCCAACCGUGGAAAUUUUUGAUGAGGGAGAAGAACCCAAGGAAGAAGGAAGCAAGACUGACUUGCCGGUGGCGGAAGAAGUGGUCGAAGUGGAAGAGCCGGCUCCUAAGGUGAUCAAGGAGCAGAAGCUCACCAACCAGUUCAACUUCUGCGAAAGAGCCUCUCAGACGUUCAACAACCCCUUACGAGACCGAGCCUGCCAAAUGGAGCCACCCCCAAGAGACACCUUCUCCGCCACGGCCAAUCAGUGGGAGAUCUACGACGCCUACGUGGAGGAGCUGCAGAAGCAGGUGAAGACAAAGGAGAAGGAGAAGGUGAAGGCUCCGGUGGCGAAGCAGACGGGGAAGAUCACGCGGAGGAAGUUGAAGUCGCUGGAGCCCCAGACUGAAGAUAUAACCAAGGUGAACCAGGCGGCCAAAAUAGUAGAACGGAUGGUCAAUCAGAACAUGUUCGAUGACAUCACUCACGAUUUCAAGUAUUUCGAGGAUGCGGCCGACGAGUACCGGGACCAGGAGGGCACUCUGCUGCCCUUGUGGAAGUUCCAGUACGACAAAGCCAAGAGGCUGGCGGUGACGGCCCUCUCCUGGAACCCGAAGUACAAGGAUCUGUUUGCAGUGGGACACGGCUCCUAUGAUUUCCUGAAGCAGAACCGGGGGAUGAUCCUGCUUUACACGCUGAAGAACCCGUCCUUCCCGGAGUUCAUCUUCGGCUGCGAGAGCGGCAUCAUGUGUCUGGACAUGCACGCCGACCACCCCUACCUGAUCGCGGUGGGCCAGUACGACGGCAACGUGGCCAUCUACAACCUGAAGAAGCCUCCCCUCUCUCAGCCUGCCUACAAGAGCUCGGCCAAGUCCGGCAAGCACUCGGAUCCCGUGUGGCAGGUCAAGUGGCAGAAGGACGACAUCGAUCACAACCUGAACUUCUUCUCCAUCUCGUCGGAUGGGAGGAUCGUGUCUUGGACCCUGGUGAAGAACGAGCUGCUUCACUCUGAUGUCAUCAAGCUGACCAUCGAGGGAGUGACACCUGAGACAACGAAUGAGGUGCAGCUACACAAUAUUGGAUGCGGGACAUCCUUUGAUUUCCACAAAGAGAUUGAUUAUUUGUUUCUCGUUGGCACCGAAGAAGGCAAAAUCUACAAGUGCUCAAAAUCCUACUCCAACCAGUACCUGGACACCUAUGACGCACACAACAUGGCCGUGGAUGCUGUCAGCUGGAACCCGUACCAUCCCAAGAUCUUCAUCUCCUGCAGCUCCGACUGGACGGCUAAGAUCUGGGACCAUACUAUAAAGUCUCCAAUGUUCAUCUUUGACUUGAACUCCGCGGUGGGAGACGUGGCCUGGGCCCCUUACUCCUCCACCGUGUUUGCCGCAGUCACCACCGACGGGAAGACCCACGUGUUCGAUCUGGCCGUCAACAAGUACGAAGCCAUCUGCUCUCAGCCAGUGGUGGCCAAGAAGAAAAACAAAAUCACCCAUGUCAAGUUCAACCCCAUCUAUCCCAUCCUCGUCGUUGGGGACGACCGCGGUCACGUGACCUGCUUGAAACUCUCGCCCAACCUACGCAAGAUGCCCAAGGAGAAGAAAGGGCAGGAGUUGCAGAGAGGGCCCGCGGUGGAGAUCACCAAGCUGGACAAACUGCUGAACCUGGUGAGGGAGCCAGAGCCGGCGCCCAGACCCCAGCCCUGAGCCUCAGCCCUCGGCGCGGGCCCGGCGGCAGGCUCCUCCGGCGCUGACGGACAGAAGCUGCCCGGCUGCUCAGCUCACGGGGCCUCAGUGAAGGAGGGGCCCUGCCUGCCCGGGCCCAGAGCCACCGUGACUGUCGGAGGCGAACGGGGGUUGGAAACAGAGCCUGGGAAACGAGAGAGGCACAAGGGCAGCCUCUCUGCCAGUAACGGCCCCAACUUCGGCACCCCCCCCCCCGGCCCUCCCUCCCCAGCACACACACACACACACACACACUGUCUGGGACCCCCUCCUCACAGAUUUCUAACCGGAUUCACACCUAGGCUGAGGACGAGGGUGUUGGAAAUAAACGCGGUUUGUCUGAGA